GCCAGCACGCCCGUCCGGCAGACUGGUUGUCCUCGCUCGUGCGGUGCUGGCUCCCUCUUCCAGGGCAUGACUCCUGCCCACUACAGGGCACCUGGAGAGGGCAGCCAGAGUAAAAAAAAUGUCACAAAAAAGGAACAGACCACGGAAAUGUUGUGUCCAGAGAGGGAGGGUGUCUGUGUGACUGUCUCUAGGGCUCCUCAUCCCUUCACACAGAGUCUAUAGAGUCAUGUGCUACAGCAGACACAAGCGCCCGAUGGAUGUCAUCGCCAGACCUGCUGCCAGCGUCCACCUUGGCAUUCUAUCUGACACCACUGUUUUUAUGUGACAGAUCUAAGGUCAGGGUUACUGAGAUAUGUACCUGCACAUGACUGGCCGGGUCCAGUCCCGCGCGAUCCAGUAGUUCCCGAGAAGGGACUGGCAAAGUUUGUCUACUUACACUGGAAAAUUAAAAGCGUGGAUUAUAUUGUCAAAUGUGCAGUUUUCUUUCCUGAAAUGCUGCACACUUGUCAGCACGGAAAUGUGUGUGGCCCCCGAGACGGCCUACUCCGGGAGUGGGCGAGGCUGGUCCGUGACGCCCUGGAACCCGGCGGCCCCGCCUCGCCGCCGCUCUCUCGGGGCUCAAGGAUCUGGAGCUGGACUGGAGCUGCGGCUGAAACUCAUGGAUUAGUGUUGCAGCAACAGCGCCGGCGUUAAGACACACUUCUGGUGGCGUGGGGCAGGACAGCGUGCACGUGCGGGGGUGAAAGGAGUGACAGUGAAAGUGUUGACUGAAUGUUAAAUAAGUUAUGAAAUGCGAGGCAGCAGAGAUGUGAGGUGGCGGCCGUGACGGCACACUGAGAAUCGUAAACACUUUUUGCGCUCCACGGCUGUUCGAUUUGAAAAGAAAGAAAGAAAAAAAAAAGCCUCUUCUUUCACCAACACAAUCAGUCAAGAAAUAAUCCUUGCGGCGAGACAGACAGACAAAGCCUGAGGGCGUGCUGCGUCCCAGCGCGUGGCCGUCACGCUCUCACGCCCCGCUUGCCUCCUCCUGGCGCGGGCCGUCGAUCACUACCCGUAGGCGGUGAGGUUGAACAUGACGCCGAGGGCUUCCCGUGUCACUCUUAUCGCAAGAACUCUCACCUUUUACCUACGAUAGACAAGAUCUGACCCGCAAGGGCGUGGUCUGACCUGGAUCUCAGGCAAGGCUGGAAAACCUACAUACUUACACGCCUACUCUUGCGUCCACACCUGAAGAGGGCGUGGCUUAUUAAAUAAAGCUGAGGCCCACCCGACUUGUAGUCACCUAACGGCCCCUGUGUGUCCAGCAGCAUACAAAGUGAUGAGUUUGUGAGUGUGUAUUUCUAACUGAGCAAUUUGUACUCCGAAGUGAAGGGCGAAGUGAUCUCUCAUCGCUGCGUGAACUUGAUCCCUCCACGAGCUCUCUUGCCACUCCUGCUGCCCAUGCCCACGCCUUGAUAACACACCCACCCACCCACCCAUACACACACACACACACACACACACACACACAGACAGACACGCGCGCGCGCGCGCGCGGGACACAGGCGGGCAAGAAGUGCAGGUGAGGGAGGCGGUGAUCGGUGAGCGGACGCCACCGCCCCGGCAUGGGAUGGAGGCGAUCAACUCGACCGUGUGCAAUGCGGUCCGCAGCCACCUUAGCGCGUGUGAAGCGACGGACAUGGGCGGGGCGGGGGCGUGGGCUGCCCUGGUGGUGGCAGUGUGCGUGAUGUGCGGCGAGGGCGAGGGCAGUGUUACCCCCAGCCCCCAUGAGUUAUACGAGAACGAGCUCGCCUCCAACGACUACCUCAAGGUGGGGCGGUCCCUCAACCUGCUGCCUCGCUUCGGCUUCUUGUCGCUCUCCAUCAAGGUGUUUCCUGAGCAGGAGAGCAACUACUGGCUGUUCCGGGAGAGGACCGUCGAAGUGUUUCGCAAGAAUUCGUACUGGGCGGUCAAGAGUCACGGCCAGUCCUCCUCCACGGAGACCCCGAGACGAGCCUACGACCCGCACUUCGUAGUUGAUUUCUGUGACAACGUGCAGGACCUGCUCACCGCGUACUUCGACAACUUCUACAUCGAGGGCGUCCCGGAACCCCACCGCGUCUUCACGAGCUCCAUAUCGGUCCAGGCCACCGCGAAGCACCUGGGCAUUCAUCCCACCUACCUGAGGUCUAUGUAUUCCUUCGUGUUGGUUCGCCUGCUCCGCCGCAACAGACGCGCCACGCUGGACGGCCAGCCGGCACUCACCGGCAGCUUCAAGAGUGCCUCCAGCCGCAUCCGCGUCGGCUCAACGGAAUCCGUCAAUCAGUUCCUAGACCAGUAUGGCACCCACGUCAUCACUGAGUAUGAGGUGGGCGACGUGCUCUAUCAAGUGUAUGUGUUUGGUAACAGAACCUACUGGGACUUCAAGAACAACUUUGCCAUGAGUACUACUGAGGAUGACUUGAUACGAAUGGAACGUUACUUCUCCCCUUCACAUGCCCUGUAUGUGGGUGACGUCAAGCUGGCCUCAGGCAACCCCAACUUUGAGGAGGCUGUGCAGCACAGACUCCUGGAGUUCACAUACUUCCGCUUCUACAACAGCAUCUUCCAAAUUUUCAAGAUCCCAGACCUGGAGGAGAGCUUGGAGCAACUGGAUGGAGAGGUGGUCAUUAGCCUAAAGCUGGAGAAGAUCACCAAAAUUGUUCCAAAGUCCCCAGAGCGACACUGGCUUGGAGAGAUCCUUGACAACACUCUCUCACUUUUCUAUGUGACAAUGUGAAAGUGAAGGGGAAGGUGUACAUGAGAGGAAGAACAACCCAGACUGUAAAAUAAUGAUAAUGUUGAGAAUAUGAAGAGAUGAAGCCACAAAACUAACCAAGAUGAACUGGAGUGGAUGAACAACGGAUGGAAGGAAAUCAACUCCCAUCAUUAAAAUCUCACUGAAUGCAACUUAAAAGCCUAUGCAUACAGUUUGGAUAGAAUACAGAAGUGAAUAUAAUAUGAUGGCAUUUGCUGUCAUGGUUGAGUAUAACGUGUAUAAAAGUGAACAUCAAUCAGGACUGUACUUGUCAGUGGCUGCCAAUUCAUCUGAGUGUUGUGUACCCUACAGUGGUUAAUAAUAUGCUGAGGUGUCUUCCUCCAGUUUUCCGGACUCAGUAAUGGAGAGUUGUUUGUGCCGAGAGCCUGACCAGUGAGCACAAACUGGAGGGCAUCACAAUAUAGUGCAGUGUGUGGCCACUUAAUUGUCCUCUUUCAAGGCCAACAUAUAUUUUUAGCAUUUAAAGUUCCUAUUGCUCUGUUUUCUGAGCAACAGGUUUAUUACUAUACCCAUUGUGCCCUAGGCUUUGUUGCUAAGCAGUGUUGUCCACAAUGUCCUUUAUGUGGAAAGCUUUCAAAUAUAUAGUACAAGUUUAACAUGUUACA